AUGAAGUUCGUCGAAGUCUCCGCCCUCUUCCUCGCCUGUCUCUCUACUGGGGCACUUGCAGGAGAUGCAACUGUCCAACUCGCAAACGACAAAUCCGGCGCUAAUGCCAAUGUUGCUAUUCCUACCGAUGGUCACCCGCGGUCCGUCGCUCAUCUCUGGGGAAAGACUCCAGUUUCGAAGGAUGGGGUUGUGUAUGCCUCGAGCGCACAACUCGUCGCAUUCCAGCAGGACACUUCUUGCGUGAUCUUUCAACGCGAUCACUAUCACGCUGAACUCGAUGCUCAAAAGACUUGGGUGUCACUAAGUGGAGGUGAAGUGGUCGACUUGAACCGUGCAUUUGUGGUCUGCGAAGACGAGUGA